AUGACAGACGAAAAGGAGGCCGUCACGGCCCCCCCCUCGUCCACCAUGGGCCUCGAAACGCCCUCGUCCGAGAAAGAAACGGCCGUCAACACCUCCGACGAAGAAUCCGCCCAGCCAUCCACGCCCACCUCUCCGCCCUCAGAACCCGUCCGCUCCAUCACCGGCCUGCGCUGGCUGCUCGUCUGCUUCGCCCUCUACGUCGGCACCUUCAUCUACGGCCUGGACACGACCAUUGCCGCCGACGUGCAGGGCGCCGUCGUCGAGCGGUUCGGCCACGUCGAGCAGCUGGCCUGGAUCGGCACGGGCUUCCCGCUGGGCUCCAUCGCCGUCAUCACCUUCUGGGGCAAGCUGUACGGCACCUUCAACAUGAAAUGGAGCUUUGCCGUGGCCAUGGUGACGUUCCAGGUCGGGUCCGCGCUGUGCGGUGCCGCGCCCACCAUGACGGCGCUGAUUGUCGGGCGUGUCAUUGCGGGAGCCGGCGGCGCGGGCAUCUUCAUGGGCACGCUGCAGUACUUCACGGCGCUGUCGCUGCCCCGGGAGCGCGGCACGUACCUGUCCGGCACGGCCUUCUGGUGGGGAAUCGGCGCCGUGCUGGGCCCGCUGGUCGGCGGCGGCUUCACGGAGAGCAGCGCGACGUGGCGCUGGGCCUUUUACAUCAACCUGGUGCUGGGCGGCGUCUUUGCGCCCAUCUACAUCUUCGGCCUGCCCGACGUGCACCCCGUCACGGGCAAGAGCGUCGCCGAGCGCGUCAAGACGCUCGACUACCUGGGCCUGCUGCUGGGCGCCGCGGCGUGGGCCACCUUCACCAUGGGCUUCAGCAUGGCCGACGGCCAGUGGCCCUGGAACGACGGCCGCACCAUCGCCACGCUCGUCGUCUUCGGCGUCGUCACGGUGCUGUACCUGCUGCAGCAGACCUUCUGCUGGUUCACGACGCCCGAGACGCGCCUGACGCCGGUGCACCUGCUGCGCUCGCGCACGCAGAUCCUGCUGUCCCUCUCGACCGUCAGCUGCAUCGCCUCGCUGUACAUCCAGACCUACUACAUCCCCAUCUACUUCCAGUUCGUCCACGGCGACUCGGCCGUCAGCGCCGCCGUGCGCCUGCUGCCGCUGGUCAUCGUCACCGUCAGCUUCAACCUGCUCUCGGGCCACUUCCUGUCGCGCAUCCAGUACUACAUGCCCCUGUACGUCGUCUCCGGCGUCCUCGUGUCGCUCGGCUCGGCCCUGCUCACGGCCUACCUCGACCCGGACACGCCCAAGAGCUACAUCUACGGCUUCACCGUCCUGACCGGCGUGGGCACCGGCCUGACGAUCCAGAUGGGCUUCACCGUGUCCACGCUCGUGUGCGACCCCAAGGACCAGGGCAACGCCCUCUCCCUGCAGAACAUCUUCCAGGGCGGCGGCCAGGUCUUUUGGCUCGUCAUUGCUGGCCAGGUCUUCCACAGCACCGCCGUUAGGAACCUCACCGAGGUGCUCGCCGGCACAGACUUUUCGCAGGCCGACAUCGAGGCUGCCAUUGCCGGCGCUCAGAGCGUCAUCUUUGAGCAGAUCUCCGGCGAUCUCCGGACCCAGGCCAUUUUGGCAAUUACAAAAGCCAUGCAGCGCGUCUUUAUCUGUAUCUGCGCCGGAGGCGGUGGCAUGAUUGUUACCGCUCUUUUGAUGAAGCGCGAGAAGCUGUUUGGCGAGAUUAUCGUGCAUGCUGGCUAA